CCCGAAUGUGCUCCUUCUCUUCUUCACACACUUCCUAAAGUUGUGCGCCACUUUGUGUGUGUUUUUCUCUCAGAGCUGCAGGCCGAUCCCGAACUCCGCCAUGGCUUCCACUCCAGAGCUGAAGAUCGGACAGAAACUGAACGAGGGUAAAACCAAGCAGAUCUUCGAGCUGCUGGAGCCGCCCGGGCAGGUUCUGGUCCAGUCCAAGGACCAGAUCACCGCCGGGAACGCGGUGCGGAAGGACCAGAUGGAGGGGAAGGCUGCCAUCGCCAACAGAACCACGAGCUGCUUGUUCAAGCUGCUGCAGGAAUCCGGCAUCAAGACGGCCUUCGUGAAGCAGCACUCUGACACAGCGUUCAUCGCGGCCCACUGUGAAAUGAUUCCCAUCGAGUGGGUGUGUCGGAGAGUGGCGACCGGAUCCUUCCUCAAGAGGAACCCAGGAGUCAAAGAAGGCUACCGCUUCUCCCCCCUGAAGAUGGAAAUGUUCUUUAAGGACGAUGCCAACAACGACCCUCAGUGGUCCGAGGAGCAGCUGCUGGAGUCCAAGUUCUGUCUGGCCGGGCUCACCAUCGGUCAGUGUGAGGUGGACAUCAUGAACCGCAGCACGGUGGCCAUCUUUGAAAUUCUGGAGAGGGCCUGGGCCACUCAGAACUGCACGCUGGUGGAUAUGAAGAUCGAGUUUGGUGUGAAUGUGAAAACUAAAGAGGUUGUGCUGGCUGAUGUGAUCGACAAUGAUUCCUGGAGGCUGUGGCCGGCUGGAGAUCGAAGCCAGCAAAAAGAUAAGCAGGUUUACCGAGACCUUAAAGAAGUGACCCCUGAGGCCAUGCAGAUGGUGAAGAGGAACUUUGAGUGGGUCUCUGAAAGGGUCAAGCUGCUGCUGGAGUCCCAAGCCAGUGGCCGGGUGGUGGUUCUGAUGGGCUCCAUCUCGGACUUGGCCCACUGUGAAAAAAUCAAGAAGGCCUGUUCCUCCUAUGGGAUCUCCUGCAUCCUCAGAGUCACCUCGGCACACAAAGGACCAGAUGAGACCCUCCGCAUCAAAGCAGAAUAUGAAGGUGACGGUGUACCUACUGUCUUUGUGGCCGUGGCCGGCAGAAGUAACGGCCUUGGUCCAGUGAUGUCAGGAAACACUGCUUAUCCCGUCAUCAACUGCCCUCCUCUCACUCCUGAUUGGGGCGCACAGGAUGUCUGGUCAUCCCUCCGUAUGCCAAGCGGACUCGGCUGCUCCACAAUCCUCUCCCCCGAGAGCGCUGCUCAGUUUGCGGCGCAGAUCUUCGGCCUGACCAAUCACCUGGUGUGGUGCAAGCUGAGGGCCUCCAUGCUCAACACCUGGGUGUCUCUCAAGCUGGCCGACCAGAAGCUUCAGGCCUGCACCAUCUGAAGUGGCUCAACCCUCUGAGUCCUCUGUGCUACUUUGAGGCUCCUCUGUCAGUCAAUAUACGUUUACCAUGACCAACCCACUAACAGUAGAUUGAUUCUACAUGUACUUUCUCACACACGUCAUUCAUUCCAUGGAAAGUAGAAAUUAAUAAAAGCUUCGUAAUUAAA